UUUGUCAUGUUCACAAUGCAGGGCAAUAAACUAAUGCCGGCCUGCACAAUUUGUCAUAAUGCAGAAAGCCUUUAAAUAAAUCUAAACAUGGACUGAGGCCUAUAUAAGAGAACCUGUUAACUGAGGAAUAUUUACAACUUGAAAUCAGAAUUCAACAAUAGAUAAAGGAACUCUAGUCCAGAAAUUUUGCUCCUUUUCAUUACCAGAUCUCUCUAUUAAGAAAUACUGUAUUCAGAGUUCUGUUUUUAUCUCUAUUGUUGGUGUCCAAGCUAAUCCUGAUGGCCAAGUUAGAGAUUCAAAUCCAGACAAGGAAAAUGUUAAAGCCCUCAACUCCUACCCCGAAUCAUCUUCAGAGCCUCAAGCUUUCAUUGUUUGAUCAGACGGCUCCUCCUUUAUAUGUACCGAUACUAUUCCACUAUUUGUCAAGCAGUGAAGGAAUUAUUGAAAUAUGUGAUAAGCUCCAAAAAACUUUGGCCGACACUUUAACCAAGUUUUAUCCUCUAGCAGGAAGAUUUAGAAAAGAUGACCUCUCAAUUUACUGCAAUGACAAAGGUGUUGAGUACGUUGAAACUAAAGUGAACGUGGAUCUUGCUGAAUUUCUCAAUGAAGGACCCAAGAUUGAGUCUUUGAACAAUCUUCUUCCGUGGUGUGUUCCUCCAGACUCAGAUCAGCCAUGGAGUCCAUUACUUGGAGUCCAAGUGAACAUAUUCAACUGUGGAGGACUAGUCAUAGGAAUACAAAUUUCACAUGUCCUAACAGAUGCUUUCACGUUAGCGACAUUUGUCAAUGAAUGGGCACAUAUUAGCCAAACAGGGACAACAAAAGCUAAUUACCUCCCAAGUUUUAGUCAUUUGCCAUCACUCUUUCCCACAAGAGUGCCAUCAGGACCUCAGUUUUCACCAACUUCCGAUGGAGGCGCUAAGAUUGUCACGAGGAGGUUUGUGUUUGAUGCUCUGACAAUAGAAAAGCUCAAAAGCAAUUCAAAUGCCACAUUGAGGAAACCUACUCGAGCGGUGGUCAUCAUGUCGCUAAUAUGGAAGGUUCUUGUGGGUAUUUCCUUAGCCAAACAUGGACAUUCAAGGGAAUCUUCUUUAUGUUUUACAGUUGGUUUGAGGGGCAAAUCAAAUAUACCAUCUUCAAAACAUGUUUUAGGGAAUUUCGGGAUGUUUGGAAUUGCUAAUCUCGAGGCAAACCAGCCAAGAGAGGAGUUGAAUGACUUUAUAAACUUGGUAGGAAAUACAAUAUGGGACACAUCUAUCGGCAUUGGUAAGGCAAGCGUUGAUGAAAUUUCCCCUAUGUAUGUUGACACUUACACAAAAGUUGUAGACAUGCUUCUUAAAAGAGACGAGAUGGACAUUUAUUUGUCCACUAGUUGGUGCAGAUUCCCUUGGUAUGAAGCUGACUUUGGUUGGGGAAAACCAUUUUGGGUGAGCAGUGUUAGCCAUGCUGUUGAAGUAAUUUGUCUGAUUGACACAAAAGAUGGUGACGGAAUAGAAGCAUGGGUUAGUUUGACGGAGAAUGAUAUGGCUGAAUUCGAGAGAGACCCUCAUAUUUUGACAUUUUGUCCUCCUCUCGGGAAGUAAAAUUUGAUCCCUUGAUUUGGACAAACUGUAGCAACAUUAUCUAUCUUCUUGAUUUCUACAGAUUUCAAGUUCUUCACAACAAAUUGUCAUGCUUGUCCUCUCAGUUUGAGAUAAUAAAUUCGUAUGCAAAUAGCAUUGAGUGAAUCAGCUUAGAUCCAUCUCAGGCCAUAGUCCAAUUUUUUGGACGCAUGACUGGUGA